AUGGCAGGUGAAAAGGGCAGUGAGAAACAACUAUUGGAUACUCCAUUGGAGUUUAUCAGAGAUGGUAACCAAUUCCUAAAGAAGUGUAAGAAGCCCGACACCAAAGAGUACUUCAAGAUCAUUAGAGCCGUGGGCAUUGGUUUCAUCGCCGUCGGUCUGAUUGGUUAUGCUAUCAAAUUGAUCCAUAUUCCUAUCAGAUACGUUAUUGUGUAA